UAAUAAAUACAUUUCCUCCCCAAUCUUCAAGCUGUUGGGUGUUCCUGGCUCUUGGGAGGCAUUUAAAUCUGACUGCCAGAGCCGUGGGCUGCUGAGAGGCAGAAGCUGCCUGCACAAUGCUGAGCUCAGGUCUUCCUCCCGUUCUCCUGAUGCUCUCAGUGCUGGAGCUGAGCUGGUCCCUGAGCGAUGAAGAAAAGAAGAUCAUCUUGGAUGAGCAUAAUAAAUAUCGCUCCCAGGUCUCUCCUCCUGCCAAGGCUAUGAUGAAGAUGAUCUGGGACACGGACCUGGAGGUUGCUGCUCAAAUCCAUGCAAAGAAUUGCAUCUGGGGCCAGAACGGGGGCCGAGGCAGGGCAAACCUCUUUGCCACGGCUUCAGCCCUGGAUGUAAAAUUGGCCAUCGAAGAAUGGAACAGGGAGUGGAAAUUCUACAACUUGAAAACAUCCGAGUGUGACCCCAGGCAGACGUGUGACAACUACACCCAGGUGGUCUGGGCAGAGACAACUCGCGUUGGCUGUGGGAAGAGUUCUUGUAAGAAGAUUGAUGGAAUCAAAACAGAGAAUGCACAGCUGCUUGUUUGCAAAUAUUAUCCCCCGGGUAAUAGAAAGGACAAACUGCCCUACAUGGAAGGACCCUCGUGUGAAAGGUGUCCCACGGGCACAGUCUGUGAGAACAACCUGUGUGUAUCUGCCCGGGAUGCAAAACCGAAGACAAACUCAGUCAAGACACGUGUGGAUCCACCCAAAGAUGGAGCCCCCAGGACCUGCUUGGGGCUUUCGCUCUUCCUCCUCCCCAGCGCCAUCCUGCUGGGCCUUCUGCUCUGAGGGGUUUUCCUCAGCUGUCCCUGCACCCCUCAGCAAGGCUUUUGUCAGUGCUGGUUGUUGCACAGCCCUGGUAGGCUCAGGACACUCCUUGGACAAUUCACACGCUCCCUCCUUACGCUGCCUUCUCUGCCGCAGAGCCAAGGGCAGCCGGCAGUCCCGGGGAACUUUGUCCCCUUCCUGAGGAGACCUGAGGGCAGGAGUUUGCCAUAACCUUGGAUGCUUCUCCUUUUUCCUGGCUUCUGUUCCAUUUCCAGGCUGGAAGUGUUGAGCUCUCCCACCCACCUGCCCGUGUGGCUGGCAGGCCCCGCCACAGCGUAACCCCAGGGACAGCAGGGUGACGUGGGGACAAGGAGACAUGGAGAUUUGCUUUGGUGUUUGUCAGGAUGAGUUUCCAGCAGAAAUACUCUUUUCCCUCCCAGUGGGUUUCAGUUUUGCACAUAUUUUUUCUCUUCCUUUUUUUGUCCAAAUAGAAUGGCUUUUUUGAGGAUUUCUGUUUCCUCCUGGUCCUGGUGUAACUCUGGCCAGUACUAUCCAGCUGUUCCCCCCCUUCCUCGUCACACUCUGCAGCACUUGCCUCCUCCCUCUCUCCUCCCCCCUCUCUCCUGUUCUCUGUCACGUCCCAUUCCUCAGUGACUCCAAUGCCAAAGAUUUAUUUUACUCGUGUGCCUGCACCUGUGUGCACGCACAGAAGAGAAACCUUCAGAGCUGAG